CAUACCAUGUCCUGGUUGUUGGUCAUGUGGAUUAGCCUCGGCUUCCUGUUGCUGUGCCACGCCACACUCUACCAGACCAUCCAGCAGCACCACGUGGCCCGGCCCGGGCGCACAGAAAUCCUCACCUUGGAGGGAGGCACGUGCGAGGUGAUCGCCGCCCAUCGAUGCUGUAACAAGAAUCGUAUCGAGGAGCGUUCUCAGACAGUCAAAUGCUCCUGUUUACCGGGGAAAGUGGCCGGGACGACACGCAACAAGCCCUCCUGUGUGGAUGCGUCCAUUGUAAUUGGGAAAUGGUGGUGUGAGAUGGAACCGUGUCUUGAGGGAGAAGAGUGCAAGACUCUGCCUGACAACUCUGGAUGGAUGUGCUCCUCUGGGAACAAAAUCAAGACCACGAGGAACACCCAGCCAUACUCCCCUUUUUAG